AUAACUGUUGACACGCUAAUAAGUGUAAAGGAGUUUCUAUAUACAUUUGUUUUGCCCUUGUUUUCACGUCGUUAUCUUCGGCAGCUUCCGGAAGUAGUCGGAAACAGGAAUUUCAUAUCACCAACAAAUACACCAUUUUCGUAAUUAUAAGUCUUUCUAAUCUAUUUAUCAUUAAAAAUAAUAUGUUCCAUUAACGUUUAUCCAACUUUUAGGUGUUUGAUGUAAAAAGAUAUAAAAUCUUUUCCCAUAGUGCAGUUCGCUAUUGUUCCAUUUCGCGCCAUCACCUCUCAUAUGUAGCGCAGUUUUCAAGCAGACAAGUCAAUCGUUUCUUCUGCUAGCCACAACAGUUUCAAUGACUAGUUGGUCCGUGCCCUGGGUCAUGUGACCACUGACCGUUGCUGAAAGGAGUGUUCUCCUGGGGGUUUUUCGUUACAUGGAUUCAUCCAUCCACAAUGAACAAUAAAGUCUCUCUAUAGAAGAUCAAAAACUCUCUGUAUUCCUUACCCCGCUUACAUUUGGUGUCAGAAGUGGGAUACAGAGCAGUUAUUGUGGAAAACCCCCAGGGAGGCUAGAACAAGAUGGCAGAUGAGGAACCAGCAGUUGUUGUGGCAGACCCAAACUUAAAGAAAAUGGAAUCGCUUGCCAUGGAACUGGAAGCACUUCGCAUAAAAGUUCGGGACCAGGAGCUGUCACUAUCUGCCGGUGCCAGCAAGCCACUCGUCAUAUCCACUGGACGACAACUCCCGCGCUUCAAAGACAAGCCUCUACGAGCUGGUGACACCACGCUUGAAGAGUGGAUUUCGGAUAUGAAAGUCUCCGCUGAGACAAGGAAGUUGUCCGAGGAGGACUAUGCGGUUCUUCUAUGUGACAACUUGGGUGGACGGGCUCGCCAGGAAAUCCUAGCAAGAGGACCUGAUACUAGGAAGUCUCCGUGGCAGAUCAUCAAAACCCUGAGGAAAGUGUUCGGAGAGGGAAAUGACUUGCCAGCAGCCCAACACCGCUUCUAUUCUUACCGCCAGGCAGCUGGUAGCGACCUUGUAACAACUUCGCUUGACCUAAUCGAGCUAUAUGACAAGAUCGUGGAAAUUGAUAGCACUUUCCAUGGUAUGAAGGAGAUGGCACUGAAGGGACAGCUUGCCGAGUCAGCCUACCAUGAAGUCCAGAGGCGGGAAAUCAGAAGGCUGACACGUGAGCAUCCAGAGCUAUCCUUCCUGGAUCUCCGCGACCGUGUCAUUGAAUGGCUAGGGGGCAAUUCCAAAGAAAGAUCAAUAGUAUACGCUCAGGAACAUCAAGCCCAAAUGGCAGAUAUACUCAAACGACAAGAGGCCAUCAUUGAACGUCAACAAGAACAGAUCGCCAGUUUGCUCAAUAGCAGCAGGCCUCGAGGACCAAGGACCUGUUGGAGCUGCGGUGAAGAAGGCCACAUCCAAAGAAGGUGUCCCCGAAACCGAAGAAACCCCCCCAAACAAGCUUUAAACCAGUGAUUCCCACCGUGAAGGACCUCACUGUGGGAGCCGAGGAAAGUUUAACAAAUGGUCCCUUCUUGUAUAGAGUGGUAGGGAAAUGCCCAGAGACCAGCAUUACUGCGAAUGGAAUGAGCCUUACAUGUCUGAUUGAUACUGGAGCUCAGGUGUCGACAAUCACCGAGUCCUUCUACAAGGAGCACCUGUCAGCAGAGGAGUUAUUGGACAUGG